GGUUGGACGCAACGUGCUGCACUGCAACCAAGUGCAGCGUCUCGCUCCCGCUGCUGCCUCUGGCGCAUUUGCCGCCCCCAAACGCGGUUGCUAGAGAAAAUGGGCAUGCGUUCUGCAUGGCGUUUUUGUGCGCAAGGUUGGAAAGUGCAUGUGUCGAAUAGUUGAAAUUGCUGCGUGUGCCAAAGUUGCUCAGGAUGUGUGUGGGCGCGGCUCCGUCCCGUGGCUACUGGUUCCUCUGCCUGCUCGCCUUGUCGUCGGCGACGCUGCUGAACCCGCGCGACCCACGCCAUCUUCAGCUGGACGCCGACUGGGGGUCGCCACUAGAGAGAAGUCAUGCUCCCGGAACCGGGCACCACUUGGACAGCGAUGGAGACUUUCUGAUGGAGGCGGAGUCCUAUGACCAGGAUGAGGCGGCGGCAGCGUCGCGCGCCAUGCGCUCGGCCCGCCGCUGCAUCCGGCACCAGCAGUCGUGUUUGGGUUUGCCGCUGCCCUGCUGCGACGCCUGCGACACCUGCUACUGCCGCUUCUUCAACGCCAUCUGCUACUGUCGACGCGUCGGACACGCCUGCCCGGAGCCGCCGCCGCCGCCGCCGCCGCCGGCGCGUACCUGACACAGAAGCGCUCCUGCAUGGCGUGCGUGCACUUUUGACGACGCGGCACAGCCGACACGUUGCGGACAAGACGUGAACGCAGCUGACUCGCCGACAUGCACGCAUCCUCCCUCUGCUGCUGCAGGCAAACGCUAACCAUAUAGACAACUCGAUCAUUUCUGUCGUCAACUUAUUUCUUUUCAAUAUUGGCGCUGACGCUAUUGCUCAUCUUAAGAAUUCUACAUAAAAAGUUCUUUCAACACAACAAUUGUGAUUUUCAUGUUCAAAGAAGGACAAGAAGCGUCAAACAAAAGACGGAAUUGAAAACAACAAGAGUUGAAGUUCCGAACCAGAAUCACAUGAUCAAUAAAUA